AUGUCCUGUUCACCUGUAUGGUCUGGCACAGAGCUGAGUGCUGUUGAUGCGGUGGUUGCUGUACCAGUGGCUGUUCCUGAGCAAAGUCAAGUGUGCAAAUCCAUGCUUUCGUUUUCACUAGAACUUUCCAAUCACAGUGUAGACCCACCUGUCACAGGUUACCGAAAGAAAAAUAGGUGCCCACCUCCAACUGUCAGGUCUGAACAGCUUGAUGAUCUUGGAGUUUGUGGUGGACAAGAACUGCAGUUGGACAAGAACAUUGUUGAAGUGUUGCAAUUUGAAGCAGUACGAGGUGAUGAACCGCAAAGUGAACAGCGAACUUGGGAACAUAUGUCAUCGAAACUCAAUUCGUUUCAUGAAGUUGAUGGAUUGUCUUGUGAUCACGAGUUGGAGGGAGAGGUGAAAAAGAACAACUUUGGCGGAAUCAAAUAUAUUUACAGUGUUCCUGACCCUGCCCUGGUUUUGACGGCCUUUGAGGAUGCACUGAUGGUGGCAGCUCUGCGAUCUCCCAGGCAGUCCCAGUAUUCGUGUUUCGGGAACUGGGAUACCUUUCUUGAAAAUGCCAGUAAAACGCCACGUGUUGAUCUGAAUGGAGAACAGUGUAAUAACCUGCAUUCUGCUAAAUGCCCACUGUUUGUAACGUGGAAGAUCGGUCGAGAUAAACGAUUGCGAGGAUGCAUAGGUACUUUUUCCGCCAUGAACCUGCAUUCAGGACUCAGGGAGUACACACUUACUAGUGCCCUUAAAGAUAGUCGUUUCCCCCCCAUGACGAGGGAUGAGCUGCCACGGCUUUUCUGCUCAGUGUCUCUACUCACUAACUUUGAAGAUGUAUGUGACUACAUGGACUGGGAGGUGGGUGUACAUGGCAUUAGAAUAGAAUUCAUCAAUGAAAAAGGAUCAAAACGCACCGCCACCUACUUACCGGAGGUUGCAAAGGAGCAAGGAUGGGACCACAUUCAAACCAUAGAUUCCUUAUUGAGGAAAGGAGGCUACAAAGCUCCAAUUACUAAUGAAUUCAGGAAAACAAUAAAGCUAACCAGGUACCGUAGUGAGAAGAUGACAAUGAGCUACACAGAGUACCUUGCCCAUCGUCAGCACCACCACUUCCAAAAUGGUAUUGGGCACCCCCUUCCGCCGUACAACCAUUAUUCCUGA